AUUUGGGACAACUGUGCCUGAAAAGCUAAACUAAGGUAUCAAAAAACUCACAAAUCGAUUUGCAGGUAAACGGGCGAAUCAAAUGGCCGUAUUUUACCACGUUGGGCGUAACUAUAUGACAGACAAACCAUUUCAGCCAAUAAAGGUGCGAUCUUUCGCUUGUCGAUGGGUGGGGGCGGAACGGAAGUUACCAACGUUUGUUAUGAAAGAUGUCAUUCUUGAGAAGAGCUAUGAUAACUGCGUCAAAGUCAAAAGGAUUGAGCCUUUCAAGGGCAUCUACUCUUCUGAACAACCUCUGUGUGAGCCAACAGUUACAUCGACUUCCCCAAAAAGCCCAGCCACCCCUUUACACAGAGGGGCUGCAGCGCUUCAGCAGCACCUCAACCCAGGAGAAGCAAACUGUGUCAGAUCCAGCUGAAGAUAAAGUGAAUCUAACUGAGUCAUGUGUAAAGAGACUAGGGGAAAUCAUGAUGAAGGGCGAGUAUCUGAGAAUACAUGUGGAAGGGGGAGGCUGCUCCGGGUUCCAGUACAAGUUUUCUGUUGACGCUAACAGGAAUGAAGAUGACAGAGUGUUUGAGCAGGGAGGAGUGGGCAUCAUUGUGGAUCAGGACAGCCUGGAGUUUUUGAAAGGAGCCACUGUGGACUUCAGCCAGGAGCUGAUCCGCGCCACCUUCCUUGUGCUCAAGAAUCCUCAAGCCGAUCAUGGCUGCUCCUGUGGCAGCUCCUUCUCUGUCAAACUGUAACCCUACUUCCCUUUGUCAAUGUUAAUUAAUGCCCCGGUUUACCAGUGUAUUAGGUACACACAUACAAAAUACAAGAAAACAUUAUAGACACAUCUCAACACAAUGCAUCCUAACCACUGGUUUUGUAGGUAUGAAACUACUUGAAUUGAAUGAGAGAGGGAACCAUUAAUCAUUGAGCUAUUUUGCAGAUAGUGACAGUCAAUGGUCAUUAACUGCUGAGUUCACAAUAGUCAACAGUAAUCUGACCUGUUUUAAGCAAAACAAAGGCUCAGUUGAGGUGUUAGAAAAUGCAGUGCUUAGAUUUGCCUUUUGUGUGUAAAAUAUGUAAAUAGGCUAUAUCUAUGUUUGAAAAGAGCUAAGCUAUACCACUUUUGUUUCAUCUAAAAUAAAACCGAGUGAAUUUCA